UAGCAUUUGACUUAACGACUUGACAUUCUAAAAUAUAUUACUUCCUAGUGUCGUUUAUCUCUCUCAAUCUUUUUUUUUUCUCUCUCCCUCGCCCUACAAUCACAAGAUAGGGAAGCAAAAAGAAAGUGAUCCAUAAAAGAGUCGUCUGAAUGAAGAACACGUCAGUUGUUCAUCUGGUGAUUCUGUGUCUCAUUGUGUCAUGUACCAAUGGAGAAACCAAACCUGAAAGAAGCAACUCCGAUGGAUCCGAAUCUUGGGGAUACGUCGAAGUUAGACCAAAAGCACACAUGUUUUGGUGGCAUUAUAAAAGUCCAUAUAGAGUUGAAGAUCCUUCCAAACCAUGGCCUAUCAUCCUCUGGCUCCAAGGUGGACCUGGAGCUUCAGGGGUUGGAAUAGGAAAUUUUCAGGAGGUUGGUCCAUUAGACACAUUUCUCAAUCCCAGAAACUCAACUUGGUUGAAGAAAGCCGAUCUCUUGUUUGUGGAUAGUCCAGUUGGGGCAGGGUACAGUUUCGUGGAGGAGAAUCAAAAGGAAUUGUAUGUGAAAAGUGAUGAAGAAGCAGCAGAGGAUUUGACCAAACUGUUGCAACAACUCUUCAACAAAAAACAGACAUUAAACCAAAGCCCUCUCUUCAUUGUUGCUGAAUCUUAUGGUGGCAAAAUCGCGGUUAAGCUCGGUUUAUCGGUUUUCGAAUUGGUUAAAUCUGGCAAGUUGAAGCUUCAUCUAGGAGGAGUGGUUUUGGGAGAUAGUUGGAUAUCCCCUGAAGAUUUUGUGUUUUCAUGGGGACCUCUUCUCAAGUAUGUCUCUAGGCUUGAUGACAAUGGCUUGGAUCUCUCAAAUAGCUUAGCCGAAAAGAUAAGAAAACAAAUAAAGAUUGGUGACUACGUCGGAGCCACGCUAACGUGGAUGGAUCUUGAAUCCUUGAUUAGCAACAAAUCCAAUUCCGUCGAUUUUUACAACUUUCUAUUGGAUUCUGGCAUGGACCCUGUCUCGCUUACAACGAGUUUAGAAAUGAAAAAACAAAAUAGAAUAAAAAAGUAUUCGAGCUACUUAAAUGGUUUGAGAAGUUUGAGUGACGUAAAAGAAGGAGAGGAAGGAGAGGAAGGAGACCUUAACACAUUAAUGAACGGCGUUAUUAAGAAGAAGCUCAAGAUCAUUCCCAAAGACCUCAUAUGGGGGAACAAUUCAAAUGACGUGUUUGCAGCGAUGUAUGCUGCUUUUAUGAAACCCGUAAUCGAAGACGUCGAUGAGCUUCUUGCCAAGGGGAUAAAUGUGACCAUCUAUAAUGGUCAACUUGAUGUUAUCUGCUCAACAAGUGGAACUGAAGCAUGGGUUCACAAGCUCAAGUGGGGAGGGCUAGAAGAAUUCAAGAAUAUGGAAAGAAAGCCAUUAUACUGUGAAAGUGACAAAGCAACAAGAGGCUUUACCAAAUCAUACAAAAAUCUCCAUUUCUAUUGGAUUCUUGGUGCUGGUCAUUUUGUACCAGUAGAUGAGCCAUGUGUUGCAUUAAACAUGGUUGGAGAGAUAACCAAGUCACCACAACUUUGACCACUCUUUCUUCCACAACUUCCACAUCACAACAUGAUGACGACGUCUUUCACAUCUGAUUGAUUUUAUAACUCAAAACGUUAUAAGCUAAUAAAAGAGUCAACAGUGAAACUACUACACAUGCUUUGUUUUUUUCCUUACCUUUUUCAUCUAUCAAAAAAAGCUGAUAAACAUUUGAUAUAUGUAA